AUGGGACAUGAGGCCAUCGGAUACAUCUCAGAGCUUGGAAGCGCUGUGUCUGCGUUGGAGGUGGGUGACUACGUCAUCAUUCCCGACACUGUAAACCAUGGCCGGCUGGGGAUGGAGCCGACGGCUUUGGACUUUUACGGAAACGGAGCGGUUGUGACCGAUGGUCUUCAAUCUGAAUAUGCCAGAGUCAGGUUCGCCGACUCCAAUCUCAUCCCAAUUCCCCUCACUCACGAGACGACCAACAUCACCAUCGAGCAAGACUAUCUCACUAUUUCUGAUAUCUUCGCUACUGGCUGGGCUAGCCUUGACUUCUCUGGCUUCAAGACGGGAGACACCGUGGCAGUCUUUGGGGCCGGUCCGGUCGGGCUUUUGGCGGCCUAUUCCGCUGUACUUCGCGGCGCCUCGAAUGUGUAUGUGGUUGAUCAUGUCCAAGCCCGACUUGACCGCGCAGCCUCAAUUGGGGCCAUCCCCAUCAACUUUGCAGCCAGCGAUCCCGUCGCUCAAAUCCUGGCCUCCGAGCCGAACGGCGUUACGCGAUCCGUCGACUGCGUGGGUAUCGAAGUCCUGAACUCGACACUGGAGCACGAGCCGAACAUCAUUUUGAACCAGAUGGUCAACCUUACCCAUGUCGGUGGCGGAAUUGGUCAGGUUGGGGUGUACAUGGCCCAACCCGACUCGCCCGGCUCCCCUCUCGGAUCCACAUUCUCGCCCAUCGCUUCGUUUCCCCUUUCAGACUUCUUUGGAAAACGCUUGAAGUUCCAAGCCGGCCCUGUCGAUCCAAAGGUGUAUGCUCCGAUGCUUGUUGAGCUUAUCAGUAGCGGCAAAGCGAGCCCUCAUUUCGUGGCUUCAGCAAGUAUUUCAAUCGAGGAUGUUCCAGCAUACUACGCCCGGUUUAACGCGCACGACGAAAGCAAGGUUUUCAUCCACUUUCCUUGA